UCCUCUCUCCUCAGUUUAGUCUUAAGUUGAUGUGCACCACAGCAACACAUCUAGAAUUUACUUGAUUCAGAAAAGUAGAGAUGGUAAGAAACUGAGCUGUUGGUAAGAAUGUGUGAGUGCAGGUUUGAGCGUGAGGAAGCAGUGUGGUCUGCGUGUCAUUUUAGAUGAGUUGAAACACUUCCUCAUUUCUCUCUGUUCACAUCACUCAAACCUACAAAGAUCAGCCUGAUAUCAUUCCCACUAAACACACAAACUUUGUGUUUGACUAGAUAUUAAGCUUUGUCUCAGUUAAAUUUGUAGUAAAACGUUAAUAUGUGAUUGGGGGAACUGGAAUAUGAAAUUCGGUGUCUAUCAGGUUUUCCACUACGCCCCCAAUUAUGCCUCGGUCUUUUUUGGUGAAGCGAGGAGGGCUACACCAUCUUCGACCUGCAGCAAGACGUACCAGCCGUGGAUCCCCUGCAAGAGAAGUGAGCAAUUCCAUCCAUUGAGUCCAAAAUUGCAUGGAUCUAGGACUACUGAAUUCUGUCAGUCAAUAAACCCAGCAGAAAAAUCUGGCUUUCACCCUCCAGGACUAGCUGUGUGGUCAAACUCUCAUGUGAGCUCUGAAUAUACAGACAAAAUGUCCUUUGGACAAGAAAACUUGACCCAGUCGCUCCAUAUUGUGAAAGAGACCAAAAGUGGUGGAUGUCACAGAAAUAUCGCUCCAAAGCAAGACUGCCCACUAUAUAGCAAUAUACUUUCAUCUUUAUCAAGUUUAAAGACUCGCGUAUGUAAGAAUCAUGAAAGCAGAGCAGGUCAAUCAGCAGCAGAGUUCAAGCCAAAUGGGAAAAUAGAUGAUAGGUCACCAUGCAGGGGCAAGGAGAGGACAUUUGGCUGCAUGGUGUGUGGUAAAGUGUUCAAACGCUCCUCUACUCUCUCAACCCAUUUGCUCAUACAUUCUGACACACGGCCCUAUCCCUGUCAGUACUGUGGCAAAAGGUUCCACCAAAAGUCUGACAUGAAGAAACACACCUUCACACACACUGGGGAGAAGCCUCAUGUGUGUCAGAUAUGUGGAAAAGCAUUCAGCCAGAGUUCCAAUCUUAUCACCCAUUGCCGAAAACAUGGUAAUGACCGGCCCUACCGCUGCCAUCUCUGCCGUUAUAGCUUCCAGCACAAAGUGGACUUGCAGCAGCACCAGGAGCACCAUUGCAGCUACCACUGACUCCUGCAUAGACAAUGAGUAGACAAUGAAUAAAAUUAAACCUGCAUUCCUGACCAACAAGA